AUGGAUGAAAACACAGACGAGUUGAUCCGUCCUGAGGAUUUCCCCCUUCCCAAUAGGUCUCAGGAAUCGCUAUGCUCGCAAGAAUUAAUGAGUUGGAAUAUUACCCCUCCGCUUCCUGCUGUCGUUGACAAAGCUCGGCACCUAACAAACCCGGCGCCUCCGCCGUCGCUUGCGAGUGAGGCGCCCCAGCAAAAGUCAGAUGAACUCCAGCAGCCGGUUAAAAAUGAGUGGGAGUUCAUAUUUAUUUUUUUCACUCUUGCAAUAGUUGCCUUUGUCAGGGCGCUGGAUGUGACUAGCCUGCCUGUUGCUCUUCCGAUUAUUGCUCGAGAAUUUAAUGCUACUACCUGCCAGUCAUUCUGGGCGGCAAUAUCAUUUCUCCUCACAGCUGUACUCUCUCAACCAAUUCACACGGUAGUAUCGGCCGUUUUCGGGAGGAGGGAGAUUCUAUACUUAUGCCUCUUAUAUUCUGCCAUUGGCUCAAUCAUUACUGGUUUUUCAAAAGACAUACAUGUCCUCAUCGCCGGCCGAGCUCUGCAAGGGUUUGGUGGGGGUAGUUUCGAAGCCCUUUCCGAGACUGUUCUCAGAGGCACGAGCACAUCAGCAGACCGCUCCCGCUACUUAACUAUUCUCAGCUUUAUAUGGGCAGCUGGGUUCGCGUUAGGUCCGUUGAUCGGAGCCAUCUUCGCAGAACAUGUAGAUUGGCGUUGGAUAAUCUGGAUCAAUAUACCACUCCUGGCAGUCCCCAUCCUGCUUGUCCUUAUCUGUCGCGUACUGAAACCCAUCAAAUUCCCUCUCCCGUCACAGCUUGAGCAAGUCGAUUGGCUGGGGAUAGUCCUCUUUAUACCGUCUCUCACCCUCCUCACCGUAGCGAUAACCUGGACUGACGCACAAGACCACUUGGGCUCAAUAGUUACUAUCGCCGUCCUAGCACUGGGAAUCCUGUUCCUGGUCGCAUUCGUCAUCCGAGAAGGCUGUGUCCACACGCCUAUAUUCCCUUACUGGCUCCUUGCUAGAAAGAGGGAAUUUGCAAGUCUAUUUGGAGCCUUUGCGUACGGUGCAGUCCUCUAUCCUAUCAAUUUGUUCAUCCCGAUUUACUUCGAGGCUGCUGUCCAGCUUAAUCCAGCCGCCGCGGCUACCAACAUGCUACCUCUUUCCAUCCUCGUUUCCGCAAUGGCAUUGGUAACUCCCCUCGGAAUCAGGCAUCUGUGCCGUUAUUCAUGUUUCAUAUGGAUCGGGUGGUUUCUCACGACACUAGGCAUCGGCAUCCUCAUCCUGCUCCACAGCGAAACCAAUACCGUCAGACGGAUGGGGCUCCAAGUCAUUGGAGCCGUGGGCCUGGGUAUUCUGCUCCCGGCACUGAGUAUCCCGUUGGAAGCACGAACGGAUGGCGAACGACAAGCCGAAGAAACGAUGGGGAAUUCUACAUUCGCACACCAGCUGGGCGCAGUCGUUGGCGCUGCGCUUAGCACACACAUAUUUUCAAGGUCGUUUUCGACAGCAGUUGGAAAGCUUUUACCUCUUCCCGAGCCACUUGUCUCGCUGAGUGACGGAAGCGCAGCUGUCCGAUUUAUCCCUUUGCUAAAACAUCUGGAUCUUUUGGUCGGUGAAACAAGUGCAAUCGUUGAUGUGUAUGAGCGUGCGAUGACGGCUGUGUGGAUUGCUAUCACUGUUAUCAGUGGGUUGGGAUUGGUGUCCAGUAUCCUCGUCCGUGAGCUUAAAGUGGGAGAGAAGGAUACUGGAAAGCAGACGCUGCAAGGGUGA